AUGACGGCCGAUGCCAUCUCCGGCUCCGGGCCCGCAUCCGGCUCCCCCCAGCCUCUCCGGCUGCUCAUCCUCGAGGCCGACACGCCGCAGCCCAUCACAAACGCCAAAUAUGGUGGUUACCGCGGAGUCUUUACUGCUCUGUUGACGGCGGCGGCGGAAUCCAUGGUUCCGCCACGGCAGCUCUCCGACGUGGCCACAAUCACGGCGCACAACAUUGUGGAAGACAUGCAGUCGUACCCGCCGCUGGACGACGUCGACGCCAUUCUAAUUACUGGCUCGCGUCACACGGCAUAUGAGGAUGACCCCUGGAUCCUAAAGCUGGUGGAGUAUGCAAGGCAGGCCAUCGACACCGGUCGCAUCAAGGUCGUGGGCGUGUGCUUUGGCCACCAAAUCAUUGGCAGGGCCAUGGGUGCGCGGCUCGGCAGGAGUGAUAAGGGCUGGGAGGUGGCCGUCACCGAGGUUGACUUGACCGACAAGGGCAAGGCCAUUUUCCAGCUUGACAAGAUGCGGAUUCAUCAGAUGCAUCGCGACGUUGUUCUAGAAUUUCCCAAGGGUGCCGUUCCCCUCGGCGGAAACGACAUGUGCCCAGUCCAGGCCAUGUACAGCCCUGGUCGGUACAUCUCCGUCCAAGGCCAUCCCGAGUUUACGGGCGAUAUUGUGACCGAGGUCCUCACCAACCGACACAAGGCUGGUAUCUUUACAGACGACAUGUUCGAGGACGGCAUGAAACGUACACCCAUCGAACACGACGGCGUCGCCAUCGCAAAGGCGUUUCUCAACUUCAUGAGGAGCGAUUAA